CACACAACGCCAUAGUUUUAACACCUUGCAAGCCCUCCUGGUCCCAACAAUAUAGGGAACUUCCAUUCGUGUUGCUGUUCCCACUCGGUAUUUGCUCUUACGGCCAUUCGAACUCUUGAGAGCUGUGAAUUCUGGGCGCCAAUGCCACGGCCUAGGGCACACAACGGACCCUGGCGCGCAGUUUGAACUGUAUUCACAAUGUCUUGAGCGCAUCUUGAAUUAACGGAUGUUAAUAUUAGAGCACGCUCAGCUUGAUGGCGGGAGCUCGGAGAGAGGCCUCGGCCUUGAAAACGCCAGAAGGGCGAGGAAGCCGCCUGGGCAGCGCGACCAUGACCGUCUAAUCAAGGAAUGCACAGAAAAGCUGAAUGCAAACCCGAAUCACGCGCUGGCGCUGCGGCUGCGCGCACAGUCCUACCGGCUUACAGGCAACCAUGACGCAGCCCUUGAGGACUUUGACCGCCUGCUGGCGCUGGAGCCCUCAUGCGUGGACGCGCUUUUCUACCGAGGCCACAUACUCGAGCGCCGUCGGCAGCUGGACGAGGCGAUCUCCUGCUACAGCUCUGUGCUGCUGCUGGACCCGCGCCACUGCAAGGCGCUGUACAACCGGGCCGUGUGCUACAGCGCCCUGGGCCAGUUCGCCAAGGCCAUAGAGGACUACAACGCGGCCCUGGAGGCGGACCAGCAGGCAGCCAGCAGCAACGGCACCGCGGGUGGCGGCGACGGCGGCAGCGGCGAUGGCAGCAAGGACGGCUCCGGUGGCAAACGCGGCGGCGGCGCGCGGCGGCCUCGGCUGUUGGAUCAGUCGUUGGCGCAGCUGGGGCAGCCAGGCUACUGGCAGUACGUGGUCGGGGGGCAGCCGGGGCAGGCGGGCCCGGGGGUGGUGUUCCCGGGCGAGGAGGCGCAGGACGCCGCCGCUGCCGAUGCGCCACAGCUUGUGCACUUGCAACAACAGCAGCAGCAGCAGCAGCCUGUCCAAGCGCCGCUCCCGCAGCCGCAGCAACCGCAACCGCAGCACCACCAGCACCAGCAGCUACACCCACCGGUCCUGUCCCACCCGCUCCAGCUCCAUUGGGUGCAGCAGCAAGCCGCCACCACCAUCGGCCUGUCCAGCGUCAACUCGGAGGCGGAGCUGUCCUCCGCCGCGGGCUGGGACCGCCGCAACUCCAACCCCUCGCCGUGGAGCACCACGCCGCAGUCCUCCACGCCCGACCCGCCCUCCUCCAUUGUGGACGAGGAGUCGGGCGCGGCGUUGGGGAAUGGGACAGGGCUAGGACAGGCGCAGGGGGUGGGGCUGUCGAGCUUGGGGCUGGGCGGCGGGAGCGGCAGUAGCGACGGCGCGCACCAAGAGGGGAGCUUGCAGCAGCAGCUGCUGCGGCAGCAUGGCGGCGUGUCGGGCGGGGCAGUGGCGGGGCGGCCGGGUGAGCUCAGCUCGCGGCUGGGGGAGCCCUCGGUCCACGACUCGCUGGGGACAUGGUUGGAGGCGCCUCGGAGCGCUGAGGAGGCUGCGGCGCGGGGCGAAGGCGAUCUGGCCGGCGGCCGUGGUGGUGGCGUGAGCAGUAGCGAUGGGGGUGCUGCUGAGAACGGCAGCGAAAGGCCACCGAGCAGCGGGGUGGCUGCUGCCAAGGAGGGUGGUGGGGCUGCGGGCGCUGCUGGGAGCGGUGGCGACGUCGGGGGCAGCAACUCGAUACAGGAGCAGGCGCGACGGGCGCAGCAGAUGGUUGACCACUACAUGCGGCAGCAGCGGCAACUGCUCCAGCAGCAGCAACAGCAGCGGCAAGGCACACCCCGUGCUGGUGGCGGCGCCGCUGUAGCGGCCGGGGCUGGCUCAGCAGCAAGCCGGCCCUACUCGCCCCACAUCCUGCAGCAACAGCAGCAGGUGCGGCAGCUGCAGCAGAAGCUGCACCUGCAACAGCAGCACCAGGCCGCGAAGGGGAUACGGCAGCCGUCGUCAGCCGGCAGCGGCACCAGCAGCGGCGGCGGCGGCCGAGCGACGCCGCCUGGACCUCUGGCACUGGGGGCGCAGCACCUGCAGCGCAGCGACGGCGGAGCGCAGGCGCCCGCCUCUGCGUCCUCUUCCGCGCCCGCCUCUGUGCCCUCGUCUGCGCCCGCCUCUGCGCCCUCGUCGGGGGCGGCGGGCGUGAGCGCGCGGGCUGUGGCGGCUGCGUCAUGUCCUGUCGGUCGCGCAACCUCACCCGGGCCCCGGCCCGUCGCUACAGCCGCCGCCGCCGCCAUCCUUGCGCAGCAGUUGAGAUCGCCCAGUCCUUUUGAGCGUUUCUUGGCCGACGACAUAGCUCUGCACUCGGCGCGCGGUAGCGGCACUGCCACGGGCGUCGGCGCAGUCAGCAAUGGCGUUGGGCCGCGCCAGCGGCGCGCCUCGGGGUUGGGCAUGGGGCAGGGCGCCGCAGGGCCAGCGGCGCGGCAGCCUGCUGCGCAGCUGGCGGUGUCUCGGCCGCAAGGCAGCGUGUCAAGAGGCGGCGGUCUGCCCAACCGGGGAUACGUGGCCACGCAGCUUGGCAGGGCCGCACUUGCUGCAAACAACACGGGCGCUGCCGCUGCCCCGGCUUCAGGCAGGCCCAGUGCGGGGCUGUCGAGCGGCCGAAGCAGCAGCGCCAGCGGCGGCUCCAACCCUAACAGCGCCGGCGGCGCUCCGGCAGGGCACACCAGGCCCCAGCAGCAGCAGCAGCCCCAGCGGGAAGCGGCUACGCAGAGGCAGGGCGGCAGCAUGGGCGGCGCCAAUGUUAGCGACCCCGCUGCUGCUGCACCUGCUGGCACAGCGGUUGGCACAGCUGCUGGCGGCGCACCUAAUGCCGCUGAUGGCGGCGCGCUCGACCCAUGGAGCAGCGGCGGCGGCAUGGCGGCGGCGGUGGAGAUAUCUCGGCCGUCCACGUCCUCCAGCGCGACCGGGUCUGACCUGGCGAUGGCGCCCGACCCCGCAGCGGCGAACAGCCGGCGGCUGCUUGUGGAGCAGGCCAACAGCCGCGCCUUCGCGCUGCGGCAGCAGGGGCGACUGGUGGAGGCGGUGCGGGAGUACAGCCGCGCGCUGGAGGUGGAGCCGGGCCACUUCAAGAGCUUGUUCAACCGGGGUUUCACAUACGACCGGCUGGGAGAGCUGGUGGCGGCUGUGGAGGACUACACGGCGGCGCUGGCGGCCGAGCCGCACAGCAGCUACGCGCACUACAACCGCGGCAUCACCCGCGACCGCCUGCAGGACUACGCUGGUGCGGUGGAGGACUUCAGUGCGGCAAUCGCGCUGGAGCCGGGCAAUGCCGACUUCUACCACAACCGGGGCUUUGCGCUGCGGAAGCAGGGCCUGUUCGAGCGGGCCAUCCACGACUACACGCGCGCCGUCCAGCUGCACCCGGGCCACUGCCGCGCCUACUACAACCGGGCCUUCUGCCACGACCGCCUGGACCACGUGGAACAGGCUAUCGACGACUACUCCCGCGCGCUCGCUAUGGAGCCCACCAACGCCACUGCACUGCACAACCGCGGCUCGCUGCACGAGCGCGCCGGCCGCCCCGACGCCGCUAUCGCCGACUUCACCGCCGCCAUCGCAGCCGACCCCUGCUGCGCCGCCUCCUACAACGCGCGCGGCGUGCUGCUGCUAGGCGCGGGCCGCGCGGCGGAGGCGGCGGCGGACCUGGAUGCGGCGGUGUCGCUGAGUGCGGCGGGCGGCGCCCCCAGUGCGGCGCUGCUCAGGAACCGGGCGCAGGCGCGACGGGAGCUGGGCGACCACCACGGCGCGGUGCAGGACCUCACCCGCGCCAUCGGCCUGGACCCCACCGACCUGCUCAGCUACAGCCGCCGCGCGCACUGCUUCCGACGCAUGGGCGAGUACGAGAGCGCCGUCACCGACUACACCAAGGCCAUCAGCCUGUCGCCCAACAAUGCCAAGCUGCACACCAUCCGCGCCUACUGCUACGCCAUGAUUGGCUGGUACGGCGAGGCGGUGGCCGACUACAACACAGUGCUGGCGCUGGAGCCGACCAACAGCCAUGCCGCCUACAACCGGGCCAUCGCACUUGAGAAGCUUGGUGGAGCUAUCGACCGGGCCGCCGCAGACCUGAGCCACCAGGCGGCGGCGGCCGCGGCCGCGGCGGCGGCAGCAGCGGCAGCCACCGCUGGCACGGCAGCAGGGGGGCGGCGCAGUGGAGGGAGCGGCGGCGGUGGCGGCUUCCAGGCGUCCUCGGGCGUCGGGAUGUCGGUGGAUGGGCUGGCAGUGGGAGGCGGCUGGGCAGGGUCACGCGGGAACGGCGGCGCGGCGCAGAAGCAGCAGCCGCAGCAGCAGCCGCAGGCGGCUGCCGGGAACAUGCCUGGGGACGACGGCGAGGCCACAAUUCGCGCACUGGCGUUCAGCCCGAUGCGGAACGGCAGUGCGGGGAGUGGAGCGAGCGCGACGGCGCCGAUGUACAUGGCCACAGGGACAGGGCCGCAAGGGGCGGCAGCUCUGGCUGGGCAGUUCGCCUUCAGCCGCUGAAGCACGGGCGCGCACUGGCCGGCCACACCACUAACCGGUACGCGGCGCCUGAAGAGCUGGCAGAGCGAGGGCCUAGCGGCGUGGGCCAGAGGUCAAUGUGGUGACCAUUGUGUGCGCAUGCCUGGCUUGCGUGGUUGGCGAAUGCGCGGCGUACGGUUUGGAGGCUGUUGACUGCACAUAGUCGGCGGCGCAUGGCAGUAGCAACCCUGGAAGAGGUACUGCUAGUGGCCCAGACAACGUUGGUGACAUUCAUUUUGUCUGGUCAAGUACGCCGACACACUGGUUUGGAAGGGGGUUGCUUGCGUGUCGCAUACUGGGGGCACGCGAUUUGGGAGGCUUGGCGCACUUCAGGCCCGCAAUCCAAAGCUUCGAGCACCGGGGGAUUGUGCGGCGGACUUCAAGGGCGGCGGCAAAAGGCCUGGCCGCUGUGCUGUGACGGCUUGUGACACUGUUUGGGCGCGCGAUAUGAUGACACGGCCAGGCGGCAUGGCUGGCAGCUGCCGCAGGAACGUGAUUUACGAUUCCAGGUUGGGCCGUGGCAUGAGAAGUGUAGACCACUACCGCGCGCUGAGGAUCUGAGGGGUCUUGGAUUUGCGUGUUGCCCGGUGGAAGGCGUCAUUAGUCAUUACCCAUUUGUCGUGCGUUGCAUGAUGGUAUUCUAACAGCUCGGAGAGCUUCUUUACGAUGCUAACCGAGGGAAGCCGAUGCGCCUAUGCGGAUAAGGUGAUGUGUCGUGGCACGCAGGUGGGCAGGGGCGGCCGCGUGUCAUGACGCCACUGUUGGCAGCCUACCCGAGAUAAAUUUUAGCGGCGAUGGUUUCGAGAGGAGGCGGGCCCGAAUUGGGUUAGGAAUGGUGCUGGCGAUUAUGGUAGUAGGAGACAUGGCCAUCACUUGCGCCCUGUGCCUGACGGCGCGAGUAGGACGGGGCGGUCUGUGUGCUUGAGAUCGCACCGGCGUCACGGUAAGACACGGGCAUGCGCACGCAGUUUGCGUGUGCGCGGCGGGCAGUUGAUGCUUCAUGUUGUGUUGUUCUAUGUUCGUGAUAAGUUUGUUCAGCAGUAGUAGCCGGGGGCAGAGCGCAGGGUGCCGUCGUCAGGCAAAACUGCGACGUAGGAUAACCGGUGAAGGAGCAGGACUGGGUAGAGGGGAGGUCAAGAAGGCCGCAAUUGCAUGACCAAUGAGUGAGUGUUUCCAACGUUUGUGUGAUGCGGCUCUUUGGCGUCGGGCGUGAUGGAUCCUCAGCUCAGUCUGCGGGCGAUUGGUGCGGCGCCUGGCUACGUGCCAUUGGCCCCGGCGUGUCAGGCGGUGUGUGUCACGACACGUUGCAUGGAGCCCAAAGCAUGGCCAAUAAAUAUGGAAGGCACACGACUUCGCUUGUUGCUUCGUAGGAGGGGUCUAUAAUUCCGGUUAUGCAUGUACUGCAACAAGUGAUGAGGUAUAGCCAGCACAAGCGCAAUGCCAGCGUGAAAUGUCGGCGGGUGGGUUGCAGAAGCGGUCAGGUGUUGCGUGCAACAGCCAGUCCAUGUGGGAAUGACGAGUGUGCGCAUUCGGGAUAGCAUGUGAUUACGCAGCUCGCGUGGCGAAGGCGUCCAAGUGUUCGCGGCACCGGCCAGGGCCGGCAAGUGAAUGCAGGUUCGUAUGUAGGUGAGGAGGGCUUGGAUUGGAAAGAUGCUUGAUGAGCAAGUGGUGGUAACUGCCCAGUCUGCAGUAGCAUUUGAGUAUUCAGUGGGGUAACGACGCACCCUCACUACGCUUGCCAACACGCACGCUGCAAAUUUGACGUGGGCAAAGCUGCGUCAAUGGUUUGCGGAAGGGCGGGGAAGGACAAGCGCUCCGCCAUGGGCAGGGUGCAGCAACAAAGCCAUGCCUUUGCAUGUUGGAUGUGACUGCGAUGAAAGCUUGCAACUUGGACUCCUGGAGUGGUGGUAGUCACAGGGAUGGGACGCGGGCUGCUGGGUAUGCUAUGCGCAGAGAGGUUACACGUCUCGCGGAUACCCGGCACCAGAGGCGCCGUGACUGUGCCUGGCAACAUCAGGAAC